CCUUCACUACCGAACAGUAUCGUUAUAGCCACCCGACGGAUUUGGCUGGGUCACUAGAGGAUCACAUAAGCACCAGGGGAGUUGUAGCUAUAGCUGAAUAGCGUUCAACAACCAUAACAAUAAUAAUUUGCAUUUAGCAUGUUCAUAUUGUCAGAGUUAAGCGACUUAGUUCGUAUACCACCCCAUACAUUUAAUAUACCGAUUCAACAUUCUAUAACAGAUGAAUUGAAUAAGAAAUUCUCAAACAAAGUCAUAUCCAAUCUUGGACUUGUAGUAACCAUAUGGGAUUUAUUGGAUAUAAAAGAUGGAUUAUUAAAGCCAGGAGAUGGAGGAUCAUAUGUUGAAGUACAAUUUAGAUGUAUUGUUUGGAAACCAUUUAUUGGAGAAAUUUUAGUAGGUUGGGUAUCUGAUUGUUCACCAGAAGGUAUUAAAGUUAGACUUGACUUUUUCGAUGAAAUAUUUAUUCCAAGAUCAUAUAUAUUUGAAAAUUGUGAAUUUAAACCAGUUGAAAAAGCUUGGGUAUGGAAACCUGAUGAUGAUAAUGAAUUCUUUAUUGAUAUUAAUGAAAAGAUUCGAUUUAGAAUUGAAGAAGAAAUAUUUGUUAAUAUAAAACCAAAAUCCAGUAAUGAAGCUCUGGGAUUAGAAGAACCAUCAAAUAAAGCUCCACCUUAUGCUUUACUUGCAUCAUGUCAAACUGAUGGGAUGGGAUGUUUAUCAUGGUGGGAAUAAAUAAAUAUAUAUAUAUAUA